GGGGUCGGCAUCGGGCUGGUUGGGGCGGGCUGCGGCCUGCGGCCUGGUUGGCUGGCUGGCUGGCUGGCUGGCGAGGUUGGGGCAGGGAAGGCGAAGGUUGCCAGACAGACGUCCCGCUGCCCAGGCGGCGGCCAGAACAGCCUGGCGGGUUCCGGGUCGGGGGGCGGACUGCCGGAGCGGGGGGUAGGAGGGCGCUCUGCCUGACGUCGGCCCGGUGUCGUCCCGGGCCCAGGUGCGGCCCGGAGGGCUCUGGCGCCGUCCGUGCUUCGCGCCAUGGCUAUGAGGGAGCUGGUGGAGCCGGAGUGCGGGGGCUCCAACCCCCUUCUGAAGCUGGCCGGCCACUUCACCCAGGACAAGGCCCUGCGGCAGGAAGGGCUCCAGGGAUCCCUCGGCUGGCCUCCGGGAGCGGCGGGAGCCGCCGCCGUAUCCAAGCCACUGGGAGUAGCCUCUGAAGAUGAGCUGGUUGGAGAAUUCCUACAAGGGCAGAAUGCCCCAUUACUGUCCCAUGCACCCCAGACCUUUAAGAUGGAUGACCUGUUGGCUGAGAUGCAGGAGAUCGAACAGUCAAGCUUCCGACAGGCGCCUCAGCGAGCUCCCGGUGUGGCAGCCCUUGCACUGUCUGAAAACUGGACCCAGGAGUUCUUGGCUGCAGCAGACACCGCUGGUGAUGUCGCUUCAGAUUACAAUGAGGCUGACUGGUCACAGGAAUUCAUUGCUGAAGUGACAGAUCCACUGUCUGUGUCUCCUGCCAAGUGGGCAGAAGAAUACCUUGAGCAGUCAGAGGAGAAACUGUGGCUGGGGGAAUCAGAAGACCAGUCAGUAGCAGAUAAAUGGUAUGAAGAAUAUCAAUCUGAAGAUGAUCUGAAGAAAACUGCUAGUGAUUUUCUUUCUAAAGUGGAUGAUCCAAAACUCAACAGUUCUGAGUUCCUAAAGUUUGUCCGCCAGAUUGGAGAUGGCAGGGUAUCGAUCGAAGCUAAUCAGGUGACCCACAGAGACCAAGAUCAGGCAGAGCAAUGGGCAGCUGAGUUUAUGCAGCAGCAGGGGGCAUCCGAUGCCUGGGUGGAUCAAUUUGCGCGAUCUGGGAACAUAUCAGCUCUUGAUACGGAAUUUGAGCAGGCAAAGACUGCUGUGGAGUCAGAUGUGGAUUUCUGGGACAAACUUCAGGCAGAAUGGGAGGAGAUGGCCAAGAGAGAUGCAGAGGCUCACCCUUGGCUUUCUGAUUAUGAUGACCUCAGCUCUUCUUCAUAUGACAAGGGUUACCAGUUUGAAGAAGAUAAUCCCAUGAGAGAUCAUCCUGACGCAUUUGAAGAAGGGCGAAAGCGCUUGGAGGAAGGUGACCUCCCCAAUGCUGUCUUGCUGUUUGAGGCUGCAGUGCAACAGAAGCCAGAUCAUAUGGAGGCCUGGCAAUACCUGGGAACCACCCAAGCAGAGAAUGAACAGGAACUCUUGGCAAUCAGCGCUCUCAGGCGGUGCUUGGAACUGCAGCCUGGUAACCUUACAGCACUUAUGGCUUUAGCGGUCAGCUUCACCAACGAGUCCUUGCAGAAGCAGGCAUGUGAGACCCUGCGGGACUGGCUACGCCAUAAACAAGCCUAUGCCCACCUACUGGAGAAGGAACCAGAGGAGAAUGCCUCAGAGACAAAUCUUGGGACUUCCAAGCGUGUACUAGGGUCCCUGCUGUCUGACUCACUUUUUGUGGAAGUCAAAGAGCUGUUCUUAGCAGCUGUGCGCAGCAACCCCUCAACUGUUGAUCCUGAUGUUCAGUGUGGCCUGGGUGUCCUUUUCAACCUUAGUGGCGAAUACGAGAAGGCUGUGGAUUGCUUCAGUGCCGCACUUAGUGUGCGCCCCAAUGAUCAUCUCCUAUGGAACAAGCUUGGUGCCACGCUGGCCAAUGGGAAUCGCAGUGAGGAAGCUGUGGCCGCAUAUCGGCGGGCACUGGAGCUCCAGCCAGGAUAUAUCCGGUCUCGAUACAACUUGGGCAUCAGCUGCAUCAACUUGGGUGCCCACCGUGAGGCUGUGGAGCACUUCUUAGAGGCUUUGCACAUGCAGCAGAAGAGCCGAGGUCCACGGGGGCAGCAAGGCGCUAUGUCUGACAACAUCUGGAGCACCCUCCGCAUGGCCCUCUCCAUGCUGGGGCAGAGUGACCUGUAUGGAGCAGCUGAUGCCCAUGACCUUCCCACGCUGCUUCGGGCAUUUGGCCUCCAGCAGUGACUCUGGGAUCAGCUUCCCUGCGAGUGCAGGUUUGGCCCAGCCCAGCUGUGACCUUCUCUAGGGAGAAAAUGUUCACUUGGGUACACGCACACCUUUGCUCUAUUAGGGCAGAUCACUUGCAACUAUUUCUUUUUUUUUUUUUUUUUUUAAUUUCCUGCUGAAGUGUGCAACUUCCCCUACCUGUUGUUUGUGACCUGAGGAUCUCUGAGUGGUUUACAUUAUCACAUCUAUGGCUGACUGACACUCUGCUGCCAAGCAGAUGGUCAAAGUGGGGAAAUGAGAAGCUUUCCCAGAUGGCAUGUGCAGUGGUGCCCAGUGUGGCUUUGAGACCUCAUAGUAGCCAUUCUGGAGAGGGUACCUGCUGGACAUGUUUCAAAGGCAGGCUGCUUUGGUGGGACAAGAUUGAUGUUAAGUGAAGCAGUGGAAAACAAAAAAAUCUGGAUUUGAGUAUGCUUCCCCCAUGUAUGUGCUUGUAUGUGUAUGUAUGUGGGUUACUAGGGAAAGCUGAGGGCAGCAGUCCAUUUUCCUUGGGUAAUACUAAAUUUAUGGUACAGUCAGAUGAUGAUUUCUCAUUUGGGAACCUCUGAGAGCAGAGUAGUGUACUUGUGCUACAGGUGUGAGUGGACCGUAGGGAUAAAAGGAGGUCCCAGAGUUCAGAUUUGAGACAAUGUGAUAGGAAUAAAAGCCUAACUAUAACCUCCCCUCCCAGAAUAUGGUAGGGAAAGGUCAAGUCUUAAUUUUCACUUGAUCAUCUGUCAUUGUUUUUACUUUGUGCAGAAGUCCCCCCAUCUUGACUGUAACUAAAUCUUGUUCAUUAUAAAUAUCUGUAUAUGAUUCUGCUGGGGAAAAUGUUUUUUUAAUUGUAAAAUAUUUUGUAUAAUAGGGGAGAGAAUUAAAAUUGCCAAAAUUA